AUGGGCAUUAAAGGCAUCUACAAGGAAAUCGGCCCAGGGAACCGGGUGUCACUGGCCAAGCUUGCUGUCGACCACCUGGAGAGCACAGGUCGCCCACUGAGGAUUGCUAUUGAUAUCGCCAUUUGGCAGUUCCAAGUGCAGUCUGCCAGGGGCGGCUCGAAUCCAGCUAUCCGAACGCUGUUUUACCGCUUACUUCGUUUGCUCAGUCUUCAUAUCCAGCCCGUCUUUGUCUUUGAUGGCCCGAACAAGCCAGUCUUCAAACGCAACAAGCGCUCUGGCCGCGGAGAUGGCGUAGCUACCUCGAUGGCCAAGCGGCUUAUUCGCCUUUUUGGAUUUCAAGUACACGAUGCGCCGGGAGAGGCUGAGGCCGAGUGUGCUUUGUUGCAGCUCAAUGGUAUUGUUGAUGCUGUACUCAGUGAAGAUGUGGAUACAAUCAUGUUUGGUUGCACAAAGACCAUGAGAAAUUGGUCCGCCGAGGGCAAGGGAAAAACCCCAACACAUAUAUCCAUGUACGACACAGCCGAGUUGCGGCAAGGUGACUCUGGAUUGGAUCGGGAGGGCAUGGUUCUAGUCGCUCUCAUGAGCGGCGGUGACUACUUGCCCGAAGGCAUUCCUGGUGCCGGUGUGAAACUGGCCUGCGAAGCCGCCAGAGCGGGUUUUGGGAAGUCGCUUUGCCGUCUGAAGAAGUCUGACGUUGCAGGCCUGAAUGAGUGGAGGAACAAUCUCAAGCACGAGUUGGUCACGAACGGGAGUCGCUUCUUCCGGACAAAGCACAAGGCCCUCAAUGUGCCGGAAGACUUCCCAAAUCUCGACGUCCUUAGGUACUAUACACAUCCCGUGGUCUCACCUUUGGCAACUGUCGAUAAACUAGGCAAUCAGUGCUGGGAUAAAAAGCUGGAUAUUUUCGGUCUGCGGGAAUUCGCCAGAGAAACAUUUGAUUGGGAGUAUCAAGGUGGCGCGAUCAAGUUCAUUCGGGUUCUUGCUCCUUGUCUGCUCGUUAGAAAGAUCAUGCAACUCGAACAUCUUGGGGCUGCCCAGACCAGGGAAGUAGAGGAUAUGCAGGGCGAAGAAGGAAAAUUAGUGCGGGCCAUAACAACCCGACGAGAACACCUCAGCACAGAUGCAACACCGGAGCUUCGGAUAUCUUUCAUUCCAAAUGACAUAGUUGGAUACAACUACGAAGAGGAACCAGAGGAGGAAAUAACAUAUGGUCGGGAUGGUCUUGCUUUGAACAGCGACGACGAGUUCGAAGCAGUUGCCGACGAUGAUGGCACAGUUGCAAAACCCGGGGCCAGGAAACCAUUCAGUCCCGUGGAACCAGACUUGGUCUGGAUGCCUGAAACAAUCGCGAAACUCGGACUUCCACUGAUGGUCGAAGACUGGGAAGAGGCGCAGCGUGCAAAAGCUGCGAAGAAAGGUAGGACGAGAAUUCCCAAGCCGAAACAAAAAGUCAAGGAGAGGAACAUGCAAGCGGGAGCACUUGACAAGUUCGUCAAGGUGAGCAAGAACGUAGCAGAAAGCGUCAAGGCUUCACGAAGUUCUUUGGUGGAGAAGCCAACAUGUUAUGCGAUGAGCCGUACUCCCCUUGGACCGUUAUCGUCUCCACCGCAGAAGCAGUCGUUGCCUUUCGUAAUCGAAGAUUCUCCCCAGAAACCAACACGACUAUCAGCAGUACCUAGUAAGCAACCCACCAAGGCCAAGAAAAGUUCUGGGAAAGACAAGGCUUCCCUUUUGGACUCGACUGUCAAUCCUUGGUCGCUAGCUAGCUCACUAUUGCCUAGCAAACAAAAGUCGCUUGCUGCUGCCAUUACAACGAAGUCUUCCGAGGCCAUAUGUAUCGCAUCUAGCCCACCUGCAUCGCCUGCCAAGACUAUUCGCCCGCGCAUGAGACGAACUGGAAGCUAUUCACCUGCUGAAAGCAAGUCUCAUACUACCAGAACAAGUCCACAAGAGCGACAAUCUGGAACACCGGUAGACGGAAAUCCUAAGAACUUGCGCCCAAUAUCCAGGUGUAGAUCCCCGAGCCCAACGCCACAGGCAGGCGUGAAAUCACGCAGAAAACUAGCGAGGACAGAGUCGAUGCCCACUGAAUCUCCAAGGGGUGCAAAGAAUCACGACGUGUUCGGAGCUCGGAGUACAGCUCUAACGAGAGCUCAUACCGUUGCCAUAGAGCCCGAACUUGAAAACUUUGAUUCCGAGGAUGACUUCGAUCUGCCACCUCUAAGUACCUUCGGUGGCGGGAAACCAAAAGGUCACUAUCCUGCGCCUUCUGCAUCGACACUCUCAGCCGACACAUCAUUCACGGUACAAGACUCGGUCGUUUCUAUCACAAUAGAUAGCUCGCCAGCCCCAGCACCAAGAACAUGGUCGCGGAAAUCGCCACUGCCGGUUUCUGUCGUGUCAGAGCUGCCGGUACCGUCGAAGCUACCAUCAGCCACGAAGGCGGCGCCGGCAGCCAGGAAGCAGGGCAAGCUCAGCGAUGUCUUCAAUAUGCGCACGACGAAGAUGUACGUUCCACGCAAGAGCGAGCCAGGCUUCUUCAGAGAGAUCGAGGUCACCGUUGCCGAGGCGGAGCGGAUGUCGCUCAGAAGAAGCAAUGACAGGAGAUGGCGACAGAGCGACAUCAGUGUCGUGGACUUGACGGGUGACGAUUGA